UAUUAGCAGAGAGUAGUCAGGGACCUAUUAGCAGAGAGUAGUCAGGGACCUAUUAGCAGAGAGGAAUCACUGGCCUAUUAGCAGAGAGUAGUCAGUGGCCUAUUAGCAGAGAGUAGUCAGGGACCUAUUAGCAGAGAGGAAUCACUGGCCUAUUAGCAGAGAGUAGUCAGGGACCUAUUAGCAGAGAGUAAUCACUGGCCUAUUAGCAGAGAGUAGUCAGGGACCUAUUAGCAGAGAGUAGUCAGGGACCUAUUAGCAGAGAGGAAUCACUGGCCUAUUAGCAGAGAGUAGUCAGGGACCUAUUAGCAGAGAGUAGUCAGGGACCUAUUAGCAGAGAGUAGUCAGGGACCUAUUAGCAGAGAGUAGUCAGUGACCUAUUAGCAGAGAGGAAUCACUGGCCUAUUAGCAGAGAGUAGUCAGUGGCCUAUUAGCAGAGAGUAGUCAGGGACCUAUUAGCAGAGAGGAAUCACUGGCCUAUUAGCAGAGUAGUCAGGGACCUAUUAGCAGAGAGGAAUCACUGGCCUAUUAAGGAACACAAUGCCCCCUGUUGCUGCGGGUCCUGCCACUGGCUCCUUUCUCCAACAGUUCAGAGUAGUAGCCUCCGACCGGGCUGACCAGCACCAGCCGUUCAGAGUAGGAGCCUCCGACCGGGUUGACCAGUCUCAGAACCAGCAACAGUCUCUGUCACAGCCAGUCCAGCCCCAACCAGACCAGCCCCAACCAGACCAUCUUCAAACCCAGCCUCAGUUCAGAUUCAGAGCAACAGUCCAUAGUCAUACAGGUGUAGAGCCUCAGAACCGGCCUCAGACCCAGACCCCAGAUACAGCCUCGUACACGUCCUCAGACACUGUCCCAUCUUGACCAACCUCAGCUCCAGCCUCAGCCUCAGCCCCAGCCCCAGCCCCAGCCUCAGCCUCAGCCUCAGCCUCAGCCUCAGCCCCAGACAGUGUUGGAGCCCCAGUCUCAGCCCCAGCCUCAGCCCAAGCCUCAGCCCCAGCCUCAGCCCCAGACAGUGUUGAAGCCCCAGCCUCAGCCCCAGACAGUGUUGGAGCCCCAGUCUCAGCACCAACCCCAUUUUAAGACAAGGCUUCAGCCUCAUCCCCUGAUUCCAUCCUGACUCAGCCAGUAUCCAACGGCAGGCUGUCGGGCCACGGGCGUAGCAACGGGCGUAGCAACGGGCACGGCAUGGGCAACUCCUCCAGGAAGGAGGAGGACGAGGAAGAGAAGGGGAAAGGGAAGGAUAAGGAUGCGGAGAAGGCGAAAGUAAUGGAGGAGGAGAAGAGGAGGAGAAGGAAGAAGAAGAAGGAGGAGAUGGAAGACGACGAGCUGCCCCUAGGGGUGGAGGAGAUGCUGGCGAGCGGAGAUCCCGUCUUGGAUCUGAGCUAUAAAAAGUUCCGCAGGUUGCCCGGUGUGGUCUGUGGGCUACGUCACCUGGAGAAGCUGUAUGUGUGUCGUAACAGUCUGCGGACCCUCCCGGAGAACAUCGUCCAACUAAAGGGCCUCCGCAUCCUGGCUCUAGACUUCAACAAGAUGGAGAACGUCCCGUUGGCCAUCUGUCAGCUCCGUAACCUGACACGUCUCUACCUGGGCUCUAACCGCCUGAUGUCUCUCCCUCCAGAGCUACGCAACCUUCAGAGUCUUCGCUGCCUCUGGAUGGAGAGCAACUAUUUCACACGCUUCCCCCGCCAGCUCUACGACUUACCCCACCUCAGGUCCCUCCAGAUGGGGGACAACAGGCUGCGGACUCUGCCCCCGGACCUGUGGCGUAUGGAGGCUCUGCGAGGGCUGUGGCUCUACGGAAACCGUUUCACCGACUUCCCCCGUGUCUUACUCCGCAUGGUGGAUCUGGAGAUCUUAGACCUGGACAAGAACAAGAUCGAGGUGUUCCCUAAUCUGAGCCGGCUCCCCGCCCUCCGCCUCUUCUCCUAUGACCACAACCCAGUGGAGGGGCCUCCCGGCGUGGGGGAGGAGGUGCUGCUGGUGGGAGAGGGGGCCCAGGAGGAGCUGCAGGACCGAGUGGACAGGAAGGCUAAGAAGGAGCAGGAGGCGAGGGACGCGGAGGAGGCUGCGCUGGCCGGGGAUGGGCCUGUGAUCCAGGGCAUUCUAAAGACGGCCAAACAGAACAGCGCGUCGCACGCAGGGCACAAGCAUGACGAGGCCAUGCCCCUAACCGAGGAGGAGAGGAGGAAGAAGGAGAUGGAGGCGGAGUUAGAGAAGGCGUUGAACGACUACGGAGCGGGGCUUGAAUACGACUUGGAGGGGAUAGAAUACGAGAAGGAGUUUAUAUGUGAGGGGGAGGGGUAUGAUGGCGGGGAGUUGGAGUACGGACGAGGAGAUAUAGACUAUGAGUAUGAUGAGGGGGAGGAGCUAGAGGAACCAGGAAGACAAGUGGGUCGGUAUUGAUGACUGACUAACUUCUCCCCCUCCUAAGCCUCUGACUCCUCCCCUCCUAAGCCUCUGACUCCUCCUCACCUAAGCCUCUGACUCCCCCUCACCUAAGCCUCUGACUCCCCCUCACCUAAGCCUCUGACUCCUCCCCUCCUAUGUCUAGACUUGUUUGAAAUUGCAGCAGACAUUGCAGGUGACGGACUGAUCUUACAAGUCACCUUGCAAAAUAAAUCACUACUUAGAAUUAUUUGUAGAUCAGUCAAGUCAGUCACAAUAUACCCACAAUCCAUCACAGAUGUGACGCUCUCGGACACAGUCUCAGACUACUGCAACACUCUCAGGGCUAUAGGAGGUGAUGUGAAGAAAAAACACCCAGGAAUUAUCUAGCAAGGUUAUCAAAAUAGUUUCCCUCUGCCUUUCUUAGCUCCAGCUGUCAUACCAAUGCCCAACUAGAGGGUUGUUGAACUUUUAGUAAAUCUUGUGUGAAAUGAAUUAAUGACUAGCCUCCUGAACCUGUGGCUGUAAUAUGUGACUUUCUCUGUCUCUCUGUCGUUAGCAUUAGGACAGGGCUGACACUAAAAAAAAAAAAAAAAAAAAAAUGCCAUUUAGCAGACGCUUUUAUCCAAAGCGACUUACAGUCAUGUGUGCAUACAUUCUACGUAUGGGUGGUCCCGGGGAUCGAACCCACUACCCUGGCGUUACAAGCGCCAUGCUCUACCAACUGAGCUACAGAAGGACCACUAAAUGACUCAUUAGAUGUUUUUCUAACUGACCUGUGAAGAUAUAUUUAAUGCACUGCACGGUGUGGGAAUGAAGGCUGGAUGGAUGAUGGCUGGCUGGAGGGUUGGCUGGAUUGAUGGAUGAUGGGUUGAUGAAUGAUGGAUGGAUGAAUGAAUGAAUGAUGGAUGGAUGGAUGGAUGAUGGAUAGAUGGAUGGAUGAUGGAUACAUGGAUGGAUGAUGGAUAGGCAGGAUGGAUGGAUGAUAUAUGGAUGGAUGGAUGGAUGGAUGAUGGAUAGGCAGGAUGAAUGGAUGAUGGAUGGAUGGAUGAUGGAUAGGCAGGAUGGAUGGAUGAUGGAUAGACAGGAUGGAUGGCUGAUGGAUAGAUGGAUGGAUGAUAGAUGGAUGGAUGAUGGAUAGACAGGAUGGAUGGACGGAUGGAUGAUGGAUGGAUGGAUGGAUGGAUGAUGGAUAGACAGGAUGGAUGGAUGGAUGGAUGAUGGAUAGACAGGA